CGCCAUAUUCGUUGAUGUUGGCGUGCUUUUCUGUCGCCGACAAAAAACAACCGUAAUUUGCGCGCUUUGCACCGCGUUUUCUGUUUGUGUUUGUCUUUUUCGUGCUAUGGCUAUUUGUAAAGUAAAUGCGUACUAUGCUUAUUAUGUGACGAGCAUGAAUGUGUGAUCGCUGAAACUCUAGAGGUGCUCAUCGGUUCGGUGAGGAAUCGAAGACUGGUUGAAGCUAGCGCUCAUCAGCGUAGCUCCUGCUAUCCGGUGAGCAAUGAGUGACGAGUUCCAGCAACAGUUAGAACUGGAGAAGGCUGAAAAGGAACGCCAGCAGUCCAGUGGUUCCGAUCCCUACACUUACGUGGACCCCAACGACGGCACUGUUUACGAGUGGGACCACGAUAAACACGCUUGGUUUCCAAAGCUGACUGAGGACUUCCUGGCUGCUUAUCAAGCUAACUAUGGCACAGCUGUGGGGACGCCCUCUGAAGGUGCCGGUCACACCAGUGGCUCAAGCCAAGUGGCUGCCAUCCCAGAGAAAGCAGCUGUCCCUGCAGUGAAUCCUUCUGAGCAACUAAACCCAAAGAAGCCAGACAAAGGAAAGCCGGCUGAACCAGGCUGGUUUGAGAUUGACGAUGCCCACAACACUCGGGUGUAUGUGAGCAACCUGCCAGACGACAUCGACGAGGAGGAGUUCUUCGAAAUGAUGAGCAAGUGCGGCCUGGUGAUGAAGGACGAGAAGGGCCAGUUCAAGAUCAAGCUUUACCGCACGCCCGAUGGCCAACUCAAGGGGGACGCCCUCUGCUGCUACAUCAAAGUGGAGUCUGUGGAACUGGCACUUCGCAUUCUGGAUGGGUACCGCCUGCGGGACAAAGAGAUCCGUGUGGAGCGGGCUCGCUUCCAGCUCAAGGGUGCCUACGACCCGACAAAGAAGCCCAAGAAGAAGAAGCAGGCCUCCAAGGACAAAGAGCGACUCAAGAAGAAGAUUGACAAGUUGUUUGAUUGGCGGCCGGAGAAGUUGCGGGGCAUGCGAGACAAGCACGAAUCCACCGUUGUCCUCAAGAACAUGUUUGGCCCACAGGAGUUUGAGAAGGACCCCACCUUGAUUCUGGAAUACCAGAAGGACCUUAGGGAAGAGUGUGGCCAGUUUGGAGAGGUGAAGAAGGUGGUCGUGUAUGAUAGGCAUCCUGAGGGCAUUGCCACCGUGACUUUCAAGGAACCCGAGGAGGCAGAUGCCUGUAUCAGCAGAAUGAACGGACGAUGGUUCGCCCAACGCCAGUUGUCUGCCGAGACUUGGGAUGGCCGAACACGCUACAAAAUCUAUGAGACAGAAGAGGAGCUUGAGGAACGGCUGAAGAAGUGGGACGAGUACUUAGAUGGAGAAGAAGAGGAAAAGGCCAAAGGCAGCACUUCGGGCACAUCGGCUGCACCACCGUCGUCUGUAGCGAAGAGAGAGGCAGAAGACGGCGCAGAAGCCGAAAGUGGUGCCAGCACGCAAAAGAGGCCUAAGACAACGGCCGAUGAAAGCACGGAGUGAAUGCUUUUCAAGUGAAUGGGGUGUAUCGAUGGCGUUCUUUUUGUACAUAGAGAAGCUCAUUGUCUGGCUAUUACUAAGUAAACAAGAAGACCCUUCAAUUUCUCUUUACAAACAUGUUGGCUCUUGUUACCCUAAUUUGGAUAUGCAUAUUCUGGCUCAACUUUUUAAUAUGUUGUCUACUGUAAAGCAGAGCACUGGAUGCUUCUGAUUUGUAUUUGCCGAUUGUUGUUUUUCAUUAUAGGUGGCAGUGUUUAUAACAUUGUCUUUGGAGUGAAGGAUUAGGGCAAAAGCACUGCAUGCAUUUUUUUUCUCUUGGUGCUGAUAGCACCUGACACCCCCAUAAAUGGCUUUCUAUAUGUGCAUUGACUUUCUAUGUUCAAAAUUUGCGGGAAGGACACUUGGUGUUCGGCACACACUGUUGCUUUGCCGCAAGUGGGGCUACCAUGUAUAUGUUGAAUGCGCACUUUUCCUGUCAUGCUGCCUCGGAAAUGUUCAGGCUAAAUAGUUAUAUACUGUGUACAUGGGUGUACACAGUUACGGACUUCACGGAAAGCACAUGUUACUUAUGUUUGGUUCGUGGUACACUUCAUUCUGGAUGACAUGUCAGGAGGCAGCAAUGUACCGAGAAACGCUAUAAGCUUUUUCUGUUCAUCCCCUGUAGUCUUGAGCAUACGUUUCGGGCAAAAUCUGCAAUGUACAGUCGUUGGCAUAGUUGCUAGGUCGGCAAGUCGUGCAACACAUUCAGCCUGCUAAACAUGCUCAACAUUUUCAAGCGAUAAUGUGAAUGAACAAACCAGUGUAUUGAUCUUUUUGUUUGUGCCAUUCCUCUUGUACCUGGCAGCUGCCACAUAGCAAGCAUCAGUCAUGUGGAGGUGGGUGAUUGCCUGGUGCCACUUUAUCUCAUUGGUUCACCGUGGUCUUUGUGGUUCCUACGCCCAAUUUGUUGCAAGCAUAAGAGUAGUUGGGAUUAUUAGGAAGCAACCCCUUGUUAUGGCCCUUGCUCUACUCCAGGUGUACGUACCUAUACUAUGUUCAAAAUUCAAUUUUGAGUUUUUUUUCCCUCUUUUUAUGUAAUCAUCUGUGAAGGAAAGUCAUGGCUAUUGAGUGAGUUUAUGCUAUGCAUUCUUCUAGCAGACAAAUCUACACAUGGGUUCAUUUUAAUGCUACACGUGUGUGAGUAUGCAUGUCAAAGCUUUGAUAUUUCAGGCUAGUGGAGAGGGACACGAGACUGUAAGCAAAACAUUAGUGGCUGCUUUCAGUUCGGGUCAGAGUGAAGGCUUUCCCUGCUGUGGGAAUAAUGAGUUGCCUGUGAUGUUUGUGACUCGAUAAUUUUGAAAGGAAAUGUGUAGCCUAUGCUCACUGCUGAGAUCUACCUCAGGGUAUUGGGCACCAUUAGUCAUUUUUUUCGAACAGUCACAGAAAUCUUGUGCAUUCAUUACCGUUAGUGCACUUCGGAAAAUAAGUACGACCCAUAUGGCUUGAUAACCAAGGCACACGCUUUUAUGUCUAUAAUGUCUCGUAAAAUAUAAGACUGGCUUGCUACGAUUUCACAUGCGUGUCUCUAACUCCUAAUCAAAUAGCUGCCUUUAUAUCGGUGUUGAGUUUAUAGUGGUCUGUUUAGUUUUUAUUUUCACUACCUGGCUAACCUACAUGCCAGCAAUAAUUGUGCUUCACGACUUUUCACUACGCUAAAUGGCACUAGUAAACUAGUAAUGAUCAGUGGCAUCACUAUGGGGCUUAUUGCACAGCCCACUGAGCUGCGGCUCUGCUGCGGUUGCCAGUGAGCCUUUGUUUUCUCCACCGCUCGCAGCCGAAUGCAGGGAACGUCUGCGCUCGGGGCAGCUGAAUGGGCUGUCACAGAGAAGUGCUGAUAGAACAGAGUGCGUGGCGUAAGCUUUCAGACGCUUGUAUAUGUGGCGCAAGAUGUAAUGACGCCAGCAGCGGCAGCAUUUUUACAUAAAUAAAUGCUGAAUUACCGGCAGAAAUGGGAGCAUUGCCCGUUUAAAUUAUUUCACAUUCACCAUGCAAAUGUGUGUUAAAUAGAAGAGAGUGGAAAGAAAAAGAGGGGAGGGUUGACAUGCCGACCAGGUGCACUGUGUGCCAGGAAGCAAAGUGAUGCCACUGACAAUGACGAAUGCGCUUCUACACUCUUCGUUCAUUCAGCUUGUCCUGCACUUUGGGGACUAGUUUGCAUCAGUUAAACGCCAGCCAGUUUUCUGCUCGCGUGGAAUGAGCCUAGCACUGUAUCUUUGAUUGAUGUAUAAAUCGAUUGAUUGACUGGAUUUAAUGCCUCGUAGAAAGACCUGGGUGAAGAGACCCAGCAUAAUCCGGUAGUCUGGAUUAAUUUUCACAACAUAGGGUUCUUUAACACACACGUAGAUAUAAAGACACUAGCAAUUUUGUAUUGUGCCUCUAUAGGAAAGCGGCCCCCGCAACUGGGAAUCAAAAGUGCAACCACCACAGAGCCACUGAGGUUGUUCUGCACUAUGUCUUGCUGAAGUGUAGGAAAGGCUGCAAGAACAUUCUGCAUAUUACUUGUGCCAUAUACAACAAAUUACUAAGUGCAGCACCUCUGGAACUAAGUUAGGAACUGUAGGCUGAUCAGAUGAGAGAGGCUUGGCAAGUGCAAGUGGCAAGCUGCACUUAUUUCUGUACAGCAAAAAAUGAUAAUAAUUGUACCAAAUUUACAAAAGCUUUUUUUUUUUUUCACACAGAUCGUAGAACUUUUUUUUUCCCAAACACAAUGGUACCACUUUUUAAAUUCAGUGAGGUAGCUUUACUUUUGAAAUUGCAUGAAAUGAAGGUUUGAGGAAGGCUUCUCUGCACUGCACUGAGGUCUUGUGGCACAGCACCGUGUUUGGCUCGAUAUACUUACAAAAAGACAAAAAUAAAAUAACGUAAAUGGUGCAAAACACAUGUACAGCUCGAAAUUGCACUGCCAUUAUGUGACGGAAUAGCUCGAGGACAUUAAUGAGAAGCUCCAGUCCAUCCACAUAAUCGUCAUCCGAGUCCUCAGAGGGGACUACCGUAUUUACUCGCAUAAUGAUCGCACUCGCGUAAUGAUUGCACCCCUAAAUUUUGUCGGCAAAAUUCGAUUUUUUUUAUUUCCCGUGUAAUGAUCGCACCCCGAACAUGCCGCAGCGAUGUGUCGUGUGCCAAGUCUAGCUAAUAAUGAUCGCGCUUACAAUCUGUCGAAUGGUACGUGAACGACUCUUCAAGACAAGCCAAGCGGCCUGCACGCACCAAACAUACUUAAGUAGAUGCCUCAUUUCAUUACUUUCAUCACUUUCCGCACUUACAUGACAAAAAGAGGUACAAUCAAACUUGCCUUUAUUAUGGGUAGGCUUUAUAAUGGUUGAUGUCAACAAAAACAAAAAAGGCGCAUUUCGAUUCUUUUUAUCUGCACUCGUGAGCACGCAACAAAUCGCGCGCGGCAAUGAUAGUAACCACGUUUACUCUGAUACGUUAAAAGUGUACCCUAUUCACACGCCGACGCUUGUAACACAGCUAAGAUAUUCGCCCACCCUUAGCGGAAAGCAUUAGGAUAGUAGUGAAGACAGAUGCCGCAGUUUCCGCAGCACGCCGGCCGUGCAUUUCUGUCACUGGCAGCUAAGCGCGCCCAUCUGUUUGUGUCCCCUCAAAGUGGACAUGGCUACGUUAUUGCCGCAAACUUACCGAUAUUAACGAUAUUAUUCAUCACUGGUAGGAAAGAAACUGUUUCAAUGCUCGUAAUGUACUCACGAGAAAAAAAAAUCGCGUUUGGCGCGUUCGGCUUGCUCCGCCGGCUGCCAUUUUUGUUUUGGUGUCCCACACCCGCAAUCCUGUAGCAAACGCGGGACGAAAAAAAUUUUUUUUUUUCGCGCGAAAUUUAACCCGCGUAAUGAUCGCACCCCUGAUAUUGCGUCAAUUUUUCGGACAAAAAAAGUGCGAUCAUUAUGCGAGUAAAUACGGUACGUCAUUUUUUGUUUCUGACCAAAGCUCUACAGAACUGUCUUCUGAUGAGGAGUUGUCAGAAUACUUUUUUUUUGCACGCACUUUUGUUCUCCUGCAGCAGGAAGGUAGCCAUGUUUCCUGCGCAGGAGUCGGAGGAUGGAUGUAUGGAUUUACUUUAUUGUGGUCCUUUAGGGCGUGCGUUAGCGUGUGGCGGGUCGCUCCCAUGUCGGGACAGAGAGGCCGAGCCUCUCCGCCGCGUCGCAGGCCCGUUGGACAGCCCAUAACUGUUCUUUGAGGUCAGGGCUGCGCAGAACUGCAUCCCUGCGUGAAGAAGUGUUGCUUUCAUUGCCGCAUAACACAGGACAUUGCCAGAGCAUGUGAUCUAAGGUCGCUAAGUCAUAGCAUAGUGCACAUGCAUUUGUUGUCUGAAUUCAGGGGUAAAACCUGUGAAGAAGUAGGGGGUUUGUGUACGCCCUCGUCUGUAGAAGCCUUAGUGUUAAAGCCCGAGUUCUGUUGAGUUUACAGUGUGGGAGAGGGUAGAUCCUCCAAGCCAAGUAAAAGUGCUUAGCAAGUUCUUUGUACGAGGAAAGAGAGUCCUGAUUGUCUGUACCCCCAACAUCACGCUUCCGGGUAGCUACGUGGUCAAUGAUCCCUCGCUCAGCAUUGCGUGCCGACUCAUUUUGGUUGGGAGGGGCACACUCAAUCUGUCCCAUGUGGGCUUGAAACUAGAUGACUCUCUGUGGCUUGAUCUCCUUGCUUCCUAGUAUUCCUAGAGCCAGCGUGGGUAUGGUUCCUUGGUAAAUGCCUGAACGGCUGAUCUCGAGUUACUGUAUAUUGUUGUCCUCAUGUCGUCCAAUAAGGCCAUCGCUAUUGCAGCCUGCUCUGCGAUUUCAGAGGACGUCGUCCGACUCGAGAUUGUGUUUGUGACUUGAAUUUCACGGUCUACCCUAACCGCAGCGAAGGCGCAUCCGUCAGUGUAGCGUCCUAUGCCUACUAAGCUGUUCUCGCAAAGCCCGUUCAUGAGCCUUUUCCAGGAGGGCCUUUGCGCGCGCCUGACGUCUUCCCGCGUUGUGUUCCAGAUGGAUGUUUCGUGGGAUCGGGGCGACAGUGAUGCGGUCCUGCUGCUCUCGUCAGAGGAGGCGGCAAUAAAAAGAAAGGCGAGGUACAAUGGCGCAGUAUGGUCAAGUGUGGCAAUCUAUGGUGGAAAAUUGCUACUGGAUGAAAUUUGAUGAUUAUGAUCAUCAUUGGCUACAUUGGUACAAAAACUCAUAACGAUUCUACUUGUCAGCAGUAUAGAAAUGGGUAAUUAUUAGGAUCCAAGAUGAAAAUAUAGAAGUGUAGAACAUAAAUAACUGCAAUAAUUAAUAAAUGUAUUAAGUAAAUAACUUUUCUUAAAGAGUGCACACACAUGCACACAUUGGCUUAACACAGCUGGCACACCAAACAAACUGUACAAAAUGUGGUUUGAGCUUUGGUUAUGCAAAGCACUGAAAAGCCAAUUUUUAGUAAACAAAUUGAAAGCCAUGCUCCUAAAAAAAUGUGGGAAUGUCUUGUAGUCUGAGGCAUGUGAUGUGACUGAAGUGUAAAGAACUCUUUAGGGCACUCGUCGAAGCUUUGACGUGUCUACAGAUACAAAUUACGGGAGCCGAGCUAUGCGUACUACAGCAUGUGGCAUAUUGGUGCACUACAUGCAUUCUGAAUUUUAAAUAAAACGUGAUCAGCAAAAGUGCAAAUGAACCUUGCGUGGCAUCUGCAGUAAAAACGGUAGUAGCACAACUUUGCCAGCAAAUUCGGUCUCGGUGAACACUGAUAAGAAUCAACAGGUUGGUGACAAGAUUGGUCACAGAAUGAGAACGCUAAAUUUUGCAUGUGUGCAAAUGUUACUUAUUGCUUCGUUGUAGAAGCAUAGGUGAUUAUUUCAGCGCCUAGUGUUGUUCAACAUCGAGUUUUGUCACGUGCUGCUUGAAAAUAGGCAUUGUCUUUUUGUUGUUGAAUGGACUCAUCGUGGAAACAAAAUUGUAAGAGCUAAUAAAGUCAUUGGACUUAUUUCAAA